AUGGCGGACGAAGAGACCGAACAGGACCCGAGCCCGCAGAUCGGUACCGAACAAAUGGUUUCCACUCUUAGAGAUCGCUUGCAGGAAUUAGCCACUGCGCUGAAGGACAGCCCGGAGCCUCCCGUUCAGUCGGCCUCUGUGUAUUGCCAGAAAUUCUGCCAGGUGCUGGUGGAGUUUGCAGGCCAGUGGAAGAUAGACGUGCAUCCCCUGCCUUUGCUGGAGGUUUACACAGAGGCCAUUCUGAGCUACGCAAGUGCCGCCCCCUACCUCUGCUCUGAGUGUGAAAGCGUACCCCUCCUACUUGAAAGGUUGAGCCUGAGUUGUGUGGAGCUGCUGCUGGCCCAGGCUGAGAAGAUCCCAGCUGCAUUGUGGGAAAGGUUCCAGUCUUCAGUGCAGUCGGCCCACAGUCUUCUGCUGCAGAAUGGAAACGCACAGCUGUGCAUGCUGUCUGCUCUGGCACAGGAGAAUGGUGUGUGGUCCAACAGCACACUGUGUCAGAUUCUUUCCAAGGACACGCCCCAAACAGAAAAAGUUCAUGAAUUUCUUGCACUGGAGGGCCCCAUUCUCCUGGAGAUGCGCAUAAAGCACCUUAUCAAAGAGAACCAUGUUGAAAAGGCAGCCUUGCUGGCUAAAGAGUGCUCAGAGUGUCCCGACUUCAGAGGAAGGGGUACCUUCAAACAGACCUACCUCGUCUGCUUGUGUGCCAUAGGUCCACAAGAACAGCUAAUGCAAAAGAUUUCUGAAGUGGAUUGUAAAGAUGCCCUGGAGAUGGUCUGUAAUCUGGAGUCGGACGGAGAUGAGAGAGGAGCCCUCAGUCUGUGCUCUGCCUUUCUGACCCGGCAGAUUAUCCAGGGCGACGUUUACUGCGCCUGGGAACUCACACUGUUCUGGAGUAAACUGCUGAAGAGGGUAGAACCAUCUGCACAGGUGUUUCUGGACCGAUGCUGUCAGUUGUCACGAUUGUCCAAAAGUGUCUACCACAUUCUCUUCCUCAUUAAAGUCAUCCAGUCUGAGCUGGAAGAUGUGGGACUGCAUGUGUGCAUUGAAAUGUGCAUUAGAGCCCUGCAAAUGGUUUCUGGAAGCGAUGGAAAUGUGAAGGCCACCAUUUGCAAAACCAUCUCCUGCUUGUUGCCCACGGAUUUGGAAGUGAGACGGGCGUGCCAGCUGACAGAGUUCCUUCUCGAGCCUACUGUGGACUCGUACUAUGCAGUGGAAACACUUUACAAUGAGCCCGACCAAAAGUUGGAGGAAGAGAAUCUCCCAGUGCCUAAUUCACUGCGCUGUGAGCUCCUGUUAGUCUUUAAGACACAGUGGCCUUUUGACCCAGAGUUCUGGGACUGGAAGACCCUGAAACGUCACUGCUUGGUGCUGAUGGGAGAGCAGGCAUCUAUUGUGUCAUCCAUUGAUGAGCUUAAUGACACUACGUACUUGGAUCAGGUUGAGGACGAUGAUGAUCUAAGCAAAAGUCAUGAAGAGUUUAAAGACCCAACGGAAUACUUCUUGGACACUACCAAUCAGCUGAAUGAAAUUGGAGAUGAAAAACAGAAAAAAAGGGAAGUCAAGAAACUGAGGGAGAAAGGAUUUAUAUCUGCGAGGUUUAGGAACUGGCAAGCCUAUGUUCAGUAUUGUGUUCUCUGUGAUAAAGAGUUUCUUGGUCACAGGAUUGUUCGACAUGCACAGAAGCACUUCGUUGAUGGGGUUUACAGCUGUCCAAUAUGUGCUGCAAAUUUUGACUCCAAGGAGCAGCUAAUGCCACAUGUGGCGUCACACGUGAAACAGUCUUGCAAGGAACGGCUUGCUGCCAUGAAAUCAAGUAAGGCGUUGGCAAAUUCUUCCAAAAAAAUCAUUCCUGGCUCUUCCUCUCAAAACGGCACUGUUGAAAAGCUGGACUGCAAACCCAAAACAAAAGGCAAGGCAGAUAAUAAUGAUUCUCCAAGCACCACAAACAGUGACUGUGAAGAGACUGUCACAAGUAAACCUGAGAUCACAGCAUUUGGAGAAGAAAAGAAUGAGGAGCACUCAUGCCCUGUUACAAACUGUUGUAAAAGUUUCAAGUUCUUCAGAAACAUGAUAGCCCAUGUGAAAACCCACGGGGAUAAUGAAGAAGCUAGACGUUUUCUUGAAAUACAGAGUAAAAAGGUCGUGUGCCAUUUUUGUCGUCGGCAUUUUGUCAGCAUUGCUCACCUUAAUGAUCACUUGCAAAUGCACUGUGGUGACAAGCCAUACAUUUGUGUGCAGAUGAAUUGCAAGGCCAGCUUCCUCACCAAUGCUGAGCUGCUCAUGCACAGGAAGGAGCACACUACAUUUAAGGCAAAGUGUAUGUUUCCAAAGUGUGGGAGAAUUUUUAGUGAAGCUUACAUGCUGUAUGAUCACGAAGCACAGCAUUACAAUACAUUCACUUGUAAAGUCGCUGGCUGUGGAAAGAUAUUCCAUGCUCAGUCUCAGUUGGAUUUACACCAGGAAGACCACCUUAAAAAAGAGGAUCCCCUUAAUAUUGAGGACCAAUCUCUUUUACCAGAUUUGAAUAUUGAAUCACCAGCUCAGAUCCCCAUAGAUCAGACACCAGACUGCUCCACUCCUGUGGACCCAAAACCAUCAGGUAGUCAGGUGUCCCUCCCACAAGGUGAAGUACAGUCAACCUCAUCAAACUUAACCAAUGAAAAGAAGGAUCAGCAGGCUGCACCAGUUGAAAUAAAGCACUCAGUUGAGAGGAUGCUUAACACAUCUGUUGGUCCUGUACAAGGGUCUGACCACAGCCUGCCCUUCAAGCCUGAGUCAGCUGAUAGCCAUCAAGAACAGUUUCCAUUACCAAAUUCUGAAGAUCCUAUGACCCAGUCUUCCACAAGUAUGUACACAUCUAAUCAGCCAGGACUGUUGAAUGAAGCUCCGUCUCACCUACAUGAUGUAAGGCAAACAAGGCCACACAGUCAGAUUUGCACUCCGGCUUCUUGCCAGAGUGUUACACCUGAAUCUCAUGCGCCUUUGCACCCAAAUCUUCAGCAACCUCAAGUUCAGAAUGUGGGUUUGUUCCCCACCCCAGAACAGAAUCUUUUACCCAGUCAGCAUCCAGAUUGGCGCAGCAGUCACAGUCAAACUGGAACAUAUUUGCAGGACCCAAAAUUGCAUCCAUAUGCAUGGAAUCAUACUGAAGUCUCACAUGGUGUCCAGUGUAAAGGUGAUGUUCCUGACUCUUUUCAGCUGGCUUUGUCACAAGAUCAAAACAUUAUGACGAAUGAAGGCAGAUCUGAAUGCAGAGUAUCAGCGCUGGAAAACCCAUCCUGCAUGUUCCUGGACAAUAGGCCAGCUCCAGAGCAGACCCUUCCCUGUAUGCCUGCUGUAAUACCUGCCACUCCUAAAUCUGUUGCUUCCUGUGUCACUUAUCCACAGUCUGUUCCUCAGCCAGUUGUUGGGAGUGCAACAGCAGGAACAGCUUCGCAUUACACAUGCAAAACCUCUCCUGCUCCACCUGAAGCAGUGAAACAGAGGCAUUACUGUCCCUACGAGACAUGCACUCGGAACUACAGCUGUCCAAAAAGUGUCAGCAAGCACAUGAAAGCAGCACAUCCAGAGUUCUUCAUAGAAUGGAAAUUGGCUAAGCAGAAUGCUAAAGCCAUCAAGGCUGCUACAAGAAAAGUUCCAGCUGAUGGUAACAAAGCAGUUCCCAACGUAUGCACACAAAGCACUGCAAACCAACAGUUGCUUGGCCAGAUGGGGUGCAGAAAUAUCGUGGCUUCUUCAGAAAACCCAACAGGAAAUGUCUUAAAUUCUGUAUUGUUCUCCCAGUCAGGAAAAGCUCAGAGCGAAUGUGUGCCCACUUGGACCGGGAUGCAGACAGCCACUGCACAUAGUUCACUAUGGCCUUUACAUGCUGGGAACAAUUCCAGUAUUUCUGGUCAGACUGAUUGUGCUUCAGUGUCCUUGCCCCCACCCCUUCCGUCUAAUCAUCAAUUCCUUCCCCAUAUGAACCAGUCAUCUACUAGUUAUCCCUCACAAACAAGCGCUACCUGUACCCCACCAUUUACUCAAGAUGGUACAACAGCAGCAGUUUUUAACGGAGAACCAAAUACGAUGAAUCGGCUAUUGGCUGACCAAGAUGCAACAAACUCUCUUGUGAGUGUGCAGACAUACAGUGGGUCUUGGCAGAGUGAGAUUCCACUAACAGAGAUAAAUGCAAGUCCAGUUUUUGGUUCCCUGCAACCUGACAAAGCAGAUUCCAAAAUAACUCCAAUUUCAGCAGAUGGCAAAACUUCAGAGCAUGACAAAAUCAGUCAGCCCACUUUACAGAACCUUAAUGAUAAAACCAGAAAUCCCGUCUUCCAUUCAAAUGUGAAUCACGGCUCACAGCUAUCAGCACUCCUGUCAGGUGAAAGUCUCUGUUCCUCUCAUGUUAUUACCAGUAUCCCUGCUCCCCGGAUGGAUGUUAAAGAUGAAACACUGGUCCACAGUAUUUCAUCCUGUCACACUACCCCACCUAAUACAGAAGAACUACCCAGCUCUUUGUUGCCAUCGGCUGUAGAAUAUGGAUCUCACUCAUUCCUGCCCUCUACUUCUGCCAGUCUAAAGGACUCUGCUUCACAGGAUCAAUUGGAUAAACCUGUAAAUCCUGUAAUACCAUCACAAAUGCAGAACAGCUCAUUUUCUGGUGUGACUGCUUCAGAAAGAAUGGGUUGUCCACAAAAAAAUCCAGGUUUCCAGUCGGAAGGGGAAACCUCACACACUGGAGCUCAUAUUAGUCUCUCAGGUAGUGGGAAGAUCUCAAGGCAGGAUGAGACCAUGCAAGGAGUGAAAAAAAUCAAGCGUGAUAAAAGAACUAAGUGGCCAGCGAUUGUUAAAGACGGGAAGUUCAUAUGCUGUAGAUGCUUCAGAGAAUUCCAAAGCCCCAAAUCACUUGGAGGUCAUUUAUCAAAGCGAUCUCUUUGCAAAGACCUUAAUGAAACUGACUCGACUACAGGCUUGGCCACAUCAUUACAGGACAUCAAGUCUCCACACACUCCAAAUGCCUACUGCCAACCUAAAUUUGAUCCAAACAUGGCUUUUAAAGAUGAGCUCAAGCCUUGUUCCAGUGUCAAUUUUCCACAAACAAACAUAGAGCAAAAUAGUGAAACCCCCAAGCCAUUAAUAGGCAAUCCUUCUCUUAGAAACCUUUUCAGUUCCUCUCAGAUUCCUCAAGGGACAUUGCAAAAAGCCUGUGAUACUUACUCUGAUGGUUUCUUGCCAGAAAACACAGUCAUACAGCAGACAGGAAAUGUUCAUUUCAAAACAGAAAGUGAACACACUAAGGAUGAUAUUGGCAACUCAGAAGAAACUCAUUUGGACAACAGUGUUCUCUCUGAUUCUUUUCCUUCUCAGCUGGCCCAAACCAGCUUGCCGCUUGCGCCAAAUGUCCAUUCCGCAACUCAUCUGAAUGAAAUGCUUAGAGCUGAAGCUUUGAGGAAGUUGACAGAGUUAAAGGGGAAGGCUGGACAAUCAAAUGACAGUCUUGUGGCUGCUAUUGCCAGUCUGGCACAAAAUCUAAGGACAGAUUCUUCACCUCACGUCACUUCGCCCGAUCCUUUGCAGCCUCCCUUACUGUCAGGCAUUCAGCUUGACUAUCCUCAAAAGAAAAACUGUGAGGAGAACAUCAAGAAAAAGUUGCGCGAUCAGAUUUUGGCUGGUGAUCUUCUGAGAGUGGGCAAUGUGUGUAGAGAAAGAAGUCCUGAUGCAAGUGCCAGCUCAGAUGUCAGUGGUGUCCCUCAAGUCUUGCGUAGGUACCAGAGCCUUGAGUAUUCCAGGGUAACCCAAAAGGCCCCUAAUGGUGCACAGUUUAACAGCAGUGAAGCUAGCACUGUGUCCCCUUGCCUCGCCAAUGGAGCAUUGCUCUUGCAGAGUGACACCCAACAGAAUGGGGGAUCUGUAUCGGGAGAAAUUCCGGCAAAUCACACUGAUCAAGCCCCUGCCCAGUCACCUGGCGAAGAUGAAAAAAUUACUGAAAUUCAGAGAGCCUUACAGAAAUUGGAUCUUGAAGAUCAUUCAGCUAUGAGUAGUUGUUCCUCUACCGCCAGUGUUAAAAAUGAGGUGUCAGAUAACCUUGAUUCCUUGAAGCCUGUGGCUCAAAAUCUCAUUCUUCAUUACAAGGCCGUGCAUCAGUCUGCUCUUCCAAAAUUUGAUGAACACAACAAGGACGAGCAAGAUGAAGAACACUGUGAGGUCACAGCUGAGGGGGAAGAGGAGAUAGCAAAGGAAUACACUGAACAUGUGAAACAGGAUCACAAGAUGACAAAGUUGUCCAAGACUGAUGGUGCAGAAGGCGUGUUCAAGUGUGAGUACGAUGGAUGUGACCAGCGAUAUAUAGAGGAGCAGAGAAGUGGCUUCAUAUUUUGCAAGAAGUACUCGCGAUCCAAGUGUAAGGAUGCAGACAGAUCGGCAGAAUCCUCCGCAGAAUCAUCGGAGAAUGAAGACAGUGAUGGGAUGGGCCCUGAGGAAAGUGAUACAGAGAGUUCAAAACAAAUUCCUGUGAAAGAGGAUAGCUGUGAGCUACCUGAAGCCAAGCAGUUAUCUGAUGAGAGCUCAGAAACAAAGUCAGUCAUGCAAAUGCCAAUCAAGCGAAAGCGGGGUCGUCCUAGGAAAACCGAUUGUCCUGGGAGACAGCCAGUUGCUUCUGGUAGCAGAAGGGAGAGCUUGAGAAAUAAAGUCAACCAAGUGACUAACAGCAUGGACUCUCCUAGAAGACCUCGAGUCCAAGAGGAGCAAUCGGAGAAGAACAUAUCACUCAGCUCCUUCAGGCCCAUGGGGUUUGAGGCGUCCUUCCUGAAGUUUUUAGAGGAAUCCACAGAGCCUCCACACACUCCAAAGCGGAAGGCUGCAGGUGGUGUCUCUGAGGUACCAUCAAAACGUCGUCGCACCCUUCAACAGAAAACUGUAAACAUCAUGUGUGAAAGACCCUAUGCUUACAGGCGUGCAAGAGACCGUCAAAGCCUGGUUGACUUUAGGAACCCCUUAAAACUGAAGUCGGUGAAGAAUGUGAAAAUUGUGGUGGACAGAACUUUUUCUAGUGGAGCUGAACUUUUGCUGAAGCAGCUUCAGGAGAUGAGACCUAUGGUGGUACUUAAGAAGUGGCUGUAUAGUUGA